UUCCCAAUUUAUUACUUUUAUACUGUUGCACGGCAAAUUCAACAUUUAUACUGUUUUUUUUUUUUUUUUGGCAGUUUACUGCCUUUAAAACUUUAGCCGCUUGAUGUGAGUGGUGUUUGUUUUCAUUGCCACUUGUCACGAUAGGGUUUUGCCACGUUUUUUUUUCUUUUUUAUAAAAAAAAAGUAAUUGUUUUGAUUUUGACGGUUAUAUGUUAUGAUCAAAAAGUGUUGUAUUUAUGUAUUUUUCUUUUAUUUUUUUUAUAUUAUUUUCGAAUCUAAAUUUUGUAAUUGGUAUUCUCUCUCAUUUCAACUGUUCAUCUUCUUCCCCAUUUUUCAGUUUGCUUAGACGGUUGUAAUAGUGGGUAGUUUUUUCAUUUUAAAAAAUUUCAAAUCCCAUCCCACUAUCUUAAACUUCCCUCUCAUUUUCCCUCCCAUUUUUAUUAUUUUUGUCUAUAAAUACCUUCAUAGUUCUUCAUAAUGGCCGUUACUCGUUCAUCACCAUCUCCGGCCAAAGUUACAAAACCCAGAAAACAAUCGCAGAAAACCAGACCCAAAUCAAAAAUGGGUAAAAAAAAUCUGAAAGAGAACCCUCCUAGCCCCACUUCCCCUUCUGUUAAGAGAAAAACCAUUGCUGGACCUUCGAAGAACACUCGAGGAAAAAGACCUCGAACUGUUGUUGAAAAUUCAGACUCAGAUUUUGAGUUGGAUUCUGAAUUUCUUAAGUCGCCUGUUUCUGUUAAGGGCAAGGGUAAAUCCCCUGUGAAGGUGUUGCCAUCAUCAGGUGUUUCUGAAGAAAUUCCUGUUAAUAGGAUUGUUGAGGUUUGUGAUGUUAUGCAUUCUGUUCUAUGUUUUUUGGUUGUUUUUUUGUUGUUGUUAUUUUCGUAUUGUUUUUUUGGUGUUUUAUCAGUGUUUUCAUUGUUCUGUUUUUUAGGAUUGGGAAUGCAAGUACACUCGAUCUCAAUUUUAUCAUUCUAGAGUAGUAACAUCUGGUUAUUACUCUGUACUUGGUGACAUUAAGAG